ACACCGUUUGUUUUUCAAAUCAUUCGUGAAUUUUGAAGAAAAGUGGGCUCUUGUUGGUUCUGGGCUCCAACGGUUCACCGAAGUCCAUUCCCACAUGGCCACCAAAUCAACGCUCCAAGACCCCUCAUCUGAGCCCCAGGCGCCGCCGCCGCCGCCUCCAGCACCGCCACCGGCUUUAUCUCCGGCGGUGAAGUCUGAAACUCCCGUCGCCGAUUCCACAAACACGUCAAAGCCAACCCCGCCUGCUGCAACCUCCAAUCCCCUACCUCCGGAACCAACUCCCACCCCCGAUGCGGUUGUUGCUCACGUCCCCAGCUAUGCUAGAUGGUUUUCGUGGGAUACUAUACACCAAUGCGAGGUUAGGUUUCUCCCGGAGUUUUUCGAUUCGAGGUUGUCGUCGUCGAAGAACCCUGGGAUCUACAAGUACUACAGGAACUCCAUUGUUAAGCACUACAGAGUUGAUCCUUCGAGAAAGAUCACCUUCACCGAAGUCCGGAGGAUUCUCAUUGGAGACGUUGGCUCUGUUCGUAGGGUUUUUGACUUCCUAGAGGCUUGGGGGUUGAUCAAUUACUCGCCUUCUGCGCUUAAUAAGCCUCUCAAAUGGGAGGACAAGGACACCAAAACCAGCUCCGCUGCUGCCUCCCACGGCGGCGCUUCCAAGGAUGAGAGCUCCAAGAGGGUUUGUAACCAUUGCAAGUCUGUUUGCAGCAUUGCCUGCUUUGUCUGUGAUAAGAAUGACACGACUCUCUGUGCUCGAUGCUAUGUCCGGGGAAACUAUCAGCUUGGUGGUGUAAGUUCUUCUGAUUUCAGACGUGUUGAGAUCAAUGACAAUUCAAGGGCUGACUGGAUGGAGAAAGAUACCCUGCAUCUCUUGGAAGCAGUCAUGCAUUAUGGAGAUGAUUGGAGGAAGGUAGCUCGGCAUGUUGGUAGAGGAGAGAAAGAAUGCGUUUCCCAUUUUCUCAAGCUUCCUUUUGGGGAGGAGUUUAUUGGUUUUGCAGAUUCUGAGGGUGUCGAUGAUGACAAGGAUAAUCCAAUCAAGGAUCAUGGCGAUGACGAAUCAUGCACCUCUUCAAUGGCUAAAAGGAUGCGUCUUACACCUCUUGCCGAUGCUAGCAAUCCAAUUAUGGCUCAGGCAGCCUUUCUGUCAGCUUUGGCCGGUGUGGAGGUUGCUAAAGCCUCUGCUCAAGCUGCUGUAACAGCUCUCACUGAUGGUGAUUAUCGAUCAGUUAAUGAUUUGCGAUCUCAUGCGAAAAAUCUCAUACUUCAAGAAGCCAUUGUCACAUCCAACGACAACACUGCCAACGCAAUCGGAGCUGAGAGAGCUUUGGCAGAUGCAAAAUCACAGCUUGAGGAGGAAGAGGAGGAUGUUGAAAGAUCAAUAUCUGAAAUAUUAGAAGUGCAGAUGAAAGAGAUCAAAGAUAAGAUCGAUCGAUUUGAGGCCCUGGAUCUGCAGAUGGAGAAAGAGUGGCAACAGUUGGAGCUAAUGAAGAACAUGCUGUUUGUUGAUCAACUCACGAUUUUAUUUCAUAAUAGUUCUGCUCAAAAUACUGGAGAGGGUAUGGAACAGAGUAAUGUAAAAACAGAUUGAUUUUCUAAUGGUCAGAUGCCUUUACCCUAUAA